CGGUUGGUGGAUAGUUCUCUGUCCUCUGUGUAUCGCUCGCGCAUGUCUUGUGCAUUUUGUCUACCCAACUUACAUGAGACGUGUUGGUUGUGUGCGUUAUUUUGGAAAGAAAACGAAACGUUUUUCUCAUUUUGCGUUUGGAUUGUAGCAGUGACAACCUUGUGCUUUGGUUACUCGUGAUUUCUGCCGGCGGAUAGCAUAAAUUCUGUUCAAAGACUGUGUGUUGUGUGUAUUUGCUGCAGUAUUUCAGAGGUGCCGAUAAACUAUCAUCCGGAUUUCUGAAAUUGUCCUGAUUGUGCACUUAGAAGUAUAGAUUUAAAAGUUCUUGAAUAUUCUCAGUACGUGUGAUCUAUUGGAUUAUAAUAAGAUCUAUAACUUCUAAGUCCCCACUUGUGUCAGGAUUUGUUCUUAUCGUAGCCAGUUGUCGUUUCUGGUUAACAAGUUUAAACAUAAUUUCAUCAAAGUAAACCCCUGUGAUAUUUUGCUGAUUUUUAUCUACUAACUACUUGGUUUGUGCGAAGACCAUGAAGGUUCAGAAAAGGUGUCGUUUCCGUUACCGCAAACAGUACAACCCUAAGACAGGGCGACUGCAUCUGUAUCUGGAGCAUCUCCAGUGCAUGUUUGAGGAGAUACCUGACAAGGCGAAUCAGUGGAUUCCCAUUGGUGACACCGUCUCCCUCCCCUCCUCGGCGCUGGUGCGCUGCACAGACAGCCAAUCAGACGUCACCGACGAAGUGGAUGGCGACAUGGUUGCUUCCACAUCGGAACCCGUGGCCAAUCAGAGCUUUGAGAAGUUCCGCUCCCUGGACUUCCAGCUGAGGUUUCAAAAUGUGUUCGCAACACCUCACACCGCCAUACAGUCCCCCUUGCCUGCCUUCAAUUGGGCCAACUCAGGUGAUGUGUGGAAGAACAUGCUUCUGAAGGAAGAGAAGUUUCGGCGUGAUGCCGGAAUGUUCCGCAACCACCCAGAGCUUCAGCCUCGCAUGAGAUCGAUCUUGUUAGACUGGUUGUCAGAGGUGUGUGAAGUGUACAGAUUACAUAAAGAAACCUUCACAUUGGCCGUGGAUUACCUGGAUCGCUAUCUUAGUGUGGUCGACAACGUGCCCAAGACCCAGCUGCAAUUGUUAGGAAUAUCUUCGUUAUUUAUUGCUGCCAAGCUUGAGGAAAUCUACCCUCCAAAGCUGUCAGAAUUUGCGUACGUGACAGACUCUGCCUGCACAGAAGCUGACAUCGUUCGUCAAGAAAUGAUUAUUUUAAAAGCAUUAAAGUGGGAUCUGUCUCCCAUGACCACAAACGCCUGGCUCGGAGUGUACCUGCAGGUGGCCAACAUGGACCACAUCACAGACCCGGAGCUGGGAUUUGUCUUUCCACAGUUUUCUACCCAUGCCUUUGUACAAAUAUCAAGACUUUGUGAUUUAGCUUUGAUGGACGUCGGUUCCUUCAAGUUCUACCGGAACGUUAUUGCGGCUUCGGCUCUCUACCACCACACCAACGAGAAGCUGGUCAUGGAAGUAUCCGGCCUCAACUGGGCAGACUUGUAUCCUUGUGUGAAGUGGAUGAAUCCAUUUGCGAAGGCAAUCCUGGAGGUUGGCCAGUCACCGAUCAAGUAUUUCCCGCAUAUCAACGCCGAAGACUGCCACAACAUACAGACCCACAAUGUGGACAUGGUUCUUUUGGAUCGUGCUUUGGCACAUCAGGUGACCAUGGAAGAGCGUGAGAAACUUUAUCCUUCAUCGUUAGAUCUUUCAGCACAGCUGGUGGGUCUUCUCACCCCACCGAGCAACAAGAAAACUCAGCCUCGAACCCAGACCUCCUCAGGAUGCGGUCCCAGCAGUUAGCGUCAGGCUUUCUAGUCACCUAUUGAGUUGUUUUUAAUGAGUGUUUGCGUGUGUGUGUGUGUUGGAAUAUGUGCGUGUGUGUGUGUGAAGACAUAAAAGAAAAUGUGUGUUGGCCUACAUCUGGCUACCUACCCAUGUUCCUUACCAACCAUUAAAAAAAAAUGUAUUUUUAGUACUGUAUUAUUUGUGCUUGUUUUUUUCUUUAAGUUUUCUCAGUUGCGAAAGAAAGUGGUCGUUGAACUGGUGGGGGGGGGGGUCUUUUUUUUAUGUGUCAGACGAUGACACUGUUUGUCCUUGGUUCCCGAAGUUUCCUUGUAAAUGGACUUGUGGUUGGUAUUUUGGAAAGACCGCUCUGCUUUUUCUGCAACACUGCUGUCGCUGUCUUCGUUAUAGAAUUCUACCUCCAUUACAGUCAUGUCACACUACACUGAUGUAUUAAUGAACGAUACUCCAAACGCCACUGGCGAUGAAUUUGUCGUUUGCUGCAUCAUCUUGACUGAGCUGUAGCUUCUGGAUUUUUAAAAAAAUUAUUUUUUUUUUGGGGGGGGGGGGGGGGUUGCUCUCGUACUGUUGACAUAUGCAGGAAUAAUUUGUGCCAUAUAAAUGUUUUCUUGUAGUUUUUCCUGGUAAUAACAAUCUUGAUUAUGAGAAAGAAAAACACAUUGUUCACCUUAACAGGACUGUUAAAGUUUGUCCAUAAAAAUGAAAUGUAUUGAAGAAUGAAGUGCUCAAAAAAUACAAAAACAAAUUCAUUGUAUACGUCUCUGCCUCUGUCCUUUUGCUCUUGAAAUAGAUGUCUGAUAGGGGGUUUGGCUUUAUCAUUUUCAUUUCACUACUGUACCACUGCAUCUUAUAGCUCUCUUCUUUUGUUGUCUGUUUUGUGUGGGGUGGGCUGUUGUUUGUUUUGUUUGUUUUGUUUUUUUAAACUUAGUUAAUUCAAUCACUUGAAAAAAGUAGGGGAACCUCUUUCAUUGUAUUGUAGAUUUUCCACCUAAGGAGAACCAAUCAUAUAUCUCUUUGCAGUGCUAAAUAGUUAGGCUUAUCAGUAUGGGCUUGUGUAAAUUUGUUGUUAGGUAGAAUGAGUCUUACAGCUUCAGAUCCACCUAUGUGUUUUGGAAGAAAGAACAUUUUUUCAGCUGGUAUUGUGUAAAUACUUUCCUAGAUGGCCACCCAUUGUCGAAGAGAAACGUGGUGGUCGUCUUGGCCAGUGUAAUUAUGAUAUAUCAAAAUAACGUGAGGGAAAGAGUGAACAUCUGGACCGGCAAUAGUGUCAAGUGUUGUGUCUGCGAGGUUCAUAAUUGUCUGCAGGGUGUGCAGUGCUGACGUUGGGAAGCUGGUUUGUUUUCAGUUGUCUGGGAUUGCUUCAAGCAUUUUGUAUAUCUCACAAUAAAUGUAAUUGAUCAGCCGGCUUUUAUAUGAUGUAGCACAAAUCAUCAAUGUUUUCAAUGAUUAUUAUGAGUGCAAUCUUAUUUUUGUUUCUGGCAUAGUUCUGGCCGUUGCAAUACUAUCUUUGUAUUCUUACCUUUUGAAUGUCCGUACCGGUACGCUGAAAGUUGUGUGCGAUCGCUGCUCACCUAUCGUUCUUAUAAUUAUAUCUGAAAAUGUAUUUUUCAUUCUUACUGAUGUGCAAAGAGAAAAUUUGUUUUACAAAAAAAAAA